ACCGUGAGAGAAAGAGAAAGAAGAGAGGAACAGGGGAAAAAGAAUAUGGGAGAGGUAUUUUGAAAGAAUGGGAAACAUUACAUUAGCAUCAAAAAGUGAAUAUUAAGGAUACUUUUCAUAUUAAGCAUAAAAACUCAAAUUUACCUUAAUCAAAUAAGGGCAUUUAUGACGAAUGAAUCUCCAACGUCUUGUCAAACUGGAAAAUGCGAAUGCCGAGGUCCAGAACCACUCUAUGCUUACUCACUGCCACAGCCACUGGCCUUACUUUCCAAGCCUACUUCAAUCCUCAUUCUUCUUCAUUUUCUCGCGAUUCCUCGAACUUUCCCGAGAAGAUUCGUGCCACAAUUCAUGGCGUUCUUCGCUCCUCUCGCGCAAUCUUUGCUAUCACUCUUACCGCCGUCGACUACAAGUUUUCUUUGCGUAGAUUACCAACUGACUCUGACGGGUAUCGGCGUAAAUUAUCUGAGGUUCACUUGCGCUCGGCAGAGAGAAUUUUGAAACUGUGUGAGGUCAACAAAGGGUUUUAUGUGAAGGCUGGUCAAUUUGUUGCUGCUUUGCGAAAUGUUCCAAAAGAAUACUCAUUGACUCUAUCUGUAUUACAAGAUCAGGCAGUACCUUACCUUUUUGGAGCUAUCAAAGAGGUGCUAAUUUACAACCUGAGACAAGAUUUGUCAGAAAUAUUUUUGUCACUUGAUGAAAACCCAAUUGCUGCUGCUUCUAUUGCCCAAGUACACCGUGCUGUUUUGAAGGAUGGUCAAGAAGUAGCAAUCAAGGUUCAGUACCCUGGGUUGCUGCAGCAGUUGAAAAUAGACACAACAACCAUGUCUUUCCUUUCAAAAUCUGUUUCGUGGUUUUUCCCAGAUUACAGGUUCGAGUGGUUGGUUUCAGAAUUUGUGGAAGACAUAAUUGUGGAAUUGGUUUCAGGCUCGCGGUGCAUGGGGGGCUCGAAUAUAGUGUUGAAAUCACCUACCAUGGCAGGGUCUUGGAGAGGUCCUCGUUGUGGGCAAGAUUUCAUUCAGGAGGCUAGAAAUUCUGAGAGAACCACCAAUAAUUUCAAAAACAACAAAAUGCUCAAGAUUCCUCGUGUGUUUUGGGAUUUGACAACCAAUCAGGUUCUGACUAUGCAAUUCUGUAGGGGACAAAAGGUUGAUGACGUGGUAUAUCUGAAAAAGCAUGGAAUCGAUCCAACCAAGGUAGCAAAAGUAUUGGUGGAAAUAUUUGCUGAGAUGAUUUUUGUACAUGGUUUUGUGCAUGGUGAUCCACACCCUGGUAACAUAUUAGUUCGUCCAGAAGGUCCGCAUGGGUUUUCCCUGGUUCUAUUAGAUCAUGGAAUUUAUAAACAGUUAGAUGAAGGAUUCAGGUUAAAAUAUUGCGAGCUUUGGAAAGCUCUGGUUGUUGUGGACUCAAAUAAGAUUAAGCUAUUGGGGGAACAAUUUGGUGUUGCGAAGUACUUUAGGUACUUUCCAGUCAUCUUUACCGGAACAACUAUUGACAGUAAACGAGUUCUUGGUGGGAGAAUGUCAGCUGUGGAGAAAAGUAACUUGAAAAAGGAGCUGACCUCUCUAAAGAUGGAAGACAUAUCUUCAUUUAUGGAAUCUUUGCCACCCGACUUCCUCAGAAUAUUACGCACAGACGGUCUACUGAGAUCGAUAAUAAACAAGUUGGGUGCUUCACAGCGGGUCAGGUUGCUAGCCUAUGCCAAAUUUGCAUUACAUGGUCUUUCUCCGAAGCUCAAUUGUGAAUCUGAUUCUUCAGUAAAAGCCAUGCUGUCCAGAUUGAAGACACAUGUCAGCUACCUUCAGUUAAGACUUACUCUGGAUGUGCUGGAGUUGCUUCAUUGGGUGACACUUCUGGCCCCGAAACUUUUGCAGACCUGCUGUGGUCUUUUUACAAGAAUUUCUACUCUUUCUCGUCGACAAUGAUUUCCUCUAUUUUACUUUCUUUCAACUAUAGGGUCUUUUAUUUAUCGGAAUUUGCACAAGUAUUACUCUUUAUUAAUACUCAGCUGCUCUUACAAAAUAAAAAUCAUUAAUAAAUGUUACUUUUCUCUUGAA